UCGUGUCGUUAUUGUCCAUGAGGCAGAAGGGAAAUGCUGUCUGUUGACAUGGUCGUCAGGCACGUCUGCUGACGACAUCGACAUGGUAACAACCGGUCACAAUAGAAGUAUCGAGACAAUCUCCGUUACUUGAUCUCCCGUUCUCGUCAGCCUCUCUUCGCUGCCGUCUAUAUACUUGGACGAAUCAGAUCUCCCGCAAAACCGCUCCUUUCUCUUGAACUUGAUCACUCGGACCUCCUGAUCUACAGCAUCAUGGCCAUUAAGAGAUCGCCUUCGCCCGCUCUCACCCCUUCCCCUAGCGGAGAUACACAGCUCGAAAGCUCUCCAAAAGCUGCCUCGCCCAAGAAGGCAAAGUCAAGCUCUGGCUCGCCCAAGAAGUCCAAAAACACUUCGACGAAUGGCUCUUCUGGAGGAGGUGUCGCUGCAGGGGUAUGGACCGCUGAGAAGUUUGCUGUGUUGUCUGAGGAGUUCAUGGCCUUGGCGAGUGAGCAUAUGGACAAGGAGCAGAUCGCACAGAAGCUCGGAGUCAGCAAAUCGCAACUUGUGGAUCAGCUGAAGCCGAAUCGCGCCAACUUUCGGCGAAAGUUCAUGGAAUGGGCUAAGGGCGGUGUCAAUCAGAAGGAUGCAAAGGCAUGAGAGUGGGGUCGACAACGACCCCUCUAGCCUCCAGGUGAUAUGAAUGCAAAUUGGUUCAUAUGCAUGACGAUUGGAU